AUGCUGUUUGGAGUAAAGCUGGCCAACGAGAUCUAUCCUCCUUGGAAAAGCUCUUAUAUUGACUAUGAGGGCCUGAAAAAACAUUUGAAGGAAGAUAACGUGAAGGAUAGAGCCAACGAUAAAAGAUCAUACUGGGAUGAUUCGGAUGAGUCUAGAUUCGUGGAAGAAUUGGAUAAGGAACUUGAGAAAGUUUACGGUUUUCAGCUGAAGAAAUAUAACAAUCUAAUGGAGAGAUUGACCCAUUUGGAAAAACAAACGGAUUCAGAAACUGCUAUUAAGACCCUAGACGCUGAUGCAUUCCAACGCAUCUUGGAAGAGCUGCUGAGCGAGUCUACUGAGCUAGACAAUUUCAAAAGAUUGAAUUUUACUGGAUUUGUUAAGAUUGUCAAGAAGCAUGAUAAGUUGUAUCCAAAGUAUCCAUCUGUAAGGUCCUUAUUGGAAGUCCGGUUAAAGGAACUGCCUUCCCAUUCGGAGGAAUACUCCCCAUUAUUAUAUCGUAUUUCAUUCUUGUACAACAUUUUGAGAAGUAACUUCAAUACCGUGUCUCAAUCGUUAGCCAGUGCUUCUAAGUUUUCUAGCAUUGCCAGUAAUGACAUAGACAUGAAUUUCAAGAGUUUCAAAUUUUGGAUACAUAGUGAUAAUUUAAUGGAAGUUAAAACAAGGAUCUUGAGACAUCUUCCUGUUUUGGUUUACGCUAAUGUUCCCUCUGAGAACGAUGACUUAGUCAAUAGAUUCGAAUCAGAUUUAUUGAAUAAUGAUGAGAUUGUGGCUAGCUCAAGUUCUAGUAGUAGUGCAGAACAUGGCUUGGGAGCACGCUCCUACGAUCCAUUAAUCAACACCCUAUAUUUUGACAAUGAACACUUCGAACUAUAUAACAACAAGUUAUUGAAAUUAAAUUCAGCACCAACUUUAAGAUUUAGGUGGACUGGUCAAUUAUCUGAUAAGCCGGAUAUCUUCUUAGAGAAGAAAACUCUUAUUGAAGAUGAAGCCACCGGGAAAUCUGAAUUUGAUCUUACUAAAUUACAGCUGAAGCAAAAAUUCAUCAAUGGGUUUAUUUUUGAUGGUGAUAAAAAAUUCAAAGAGCAAACUUUGAAAAAAUUAAAAGAAAGCGGUACCUCAGAGAGAGACUUGGAAAAAUUAAAAGAAGACUUCGCCGAUAUUCAAAACUUUAUCAUCAAGGAUGAAUUGCAACCAGUUUUCAGAACUGUUUACACCAGAACUGCUUUCCAGAUUCCUGGAGAUGAUAAGAUAAGAGUAACGAUUGAUUCUAACAUUGUAUUCAUCAAAGAAGAUUCGUUUGACAGAGAACGUCCAAUUAGAGAUCCUAAUACCUGGCAUAGAACCGAUAUUGAUACAAAUGUUGCAAAUCCCUUAAAAUUUUUGAGGGAAGGUGAAUAUGUCAAGUUUCCCUACUCAGUAAUGGAAAUUAAAGUUAAAAGCUCAUUGGAUUCUUCAGUGUCAGCUAGUUCAAUGAUUUCCAAUGUAAAACUGCCUAAAAAGCAUGGUCAAUGGUUGAACGAUUUGACGAAUUCACACCUAGUUAAAGAAAUUCCAAAGUUUUCUAUCUUCGUGCAAGGUGUGGCAUCAUUGUAUGGGGAAGAUGAAAAAUUAGAUAUCUUGCCAUUCUGGCUACCGGACUUGGAAACAGACAUUAGACAAGAUCCUAAGCAGGCCUAUGAGGAGGAAAAAAAAAAAUUGCAAAGACAAAAAGAGAUACAAAAGAAAAUUGAUGGCAUGAGAAGGCUUUCCAGCAUCAAUGAACCUCAACACCAAGUUCCAGAACUAGUAUCUCAUGAGGAAACUCAGCGUAUUACUUCUCGAGGUGAUUUGGAAGCUGACGGCUCAUCUGAUGAGGAAAUUCAGCAAGAACCUCACUCGAAAAGAUCAAGGAAAACCAGAAGAAGAAAACCCAAAGCUACCUUCUUGAGAAUUUUAGCUGGAAGAGACCCAAAGUUAAUGGGUGUAGAUUCUGAAGAAGAGGAAAUUGAGUUGCCACCUGGCGUGAAAAAGCCAUUACAUUUAUUGAAAAAUGCUGGCCCGGUAAACGUGGAGGCAAAGGUUUGGCUUGCUAAUGAACGUACAUUUAACAGAUGGCUAAGUGUAACUACUUUAUUGAGUGUUCUAACAUUCUCAAUUUACAACUCGGUGAAAAAAGCUGAAUACCCCACUCUGGCUAACUACAUGGCAUACGUUUAUUUUGGCCUAACGCUAUUCUGUGCUUUAUGGUCCUAUUCUGUCUACAUGAAAAGGGUUGAUAUUAUCCAACAAAGAAGUGGUCAACACUUAGAUGCCCCCCUUGGACCAAUCUUAGUUGCUAUCGUUUUAUUUGUUACAUUAGUGGUUAACUUUGUUAUGGCGUUUAGGAACGCAGCAAAGUCUCGCCAAGAGUUGCAGGUACAAAAUUUAGGAGUUUCUGAAAGAAUACCAGAAGUAUUAAGGCCACUUCAGAAUCAUUUAUUCAAAUUAAUGGGUCCAAGCAGUAAUUAA